GUGUUAGCAGGGUGUCAUACGGUACUGCACAACUGUGAUCAUGGCUUUCAAGAUUCUGGCUGCCGCUAUCUUGCUGGCUGCUGCCACUGCUGCUCCGCAGUACUCCUACAGGUGGAUUGCUUCCGAACCUGCUUCAUUCGGACAGAAAAUCUACGCACAAGCAUCCGGAGAACCAAAGCCUAUCGCUGAAGCUUCCGAAGAGUCCAAAUCCUUACCCCAAGCUUCAGAAGAGCCACAGCCAUUCGCUCAAGGUUCCGGAGAGCCAAAGCCCUUCUCCAAAAUUUCUAAAGAGCCAAAACAAUUCGCUCAACCUACCGGAGAUUCAAAAUCCUUCGCUCAAUCGUUUACUGGAUCAAUGCUCUUUGCCAAAGCUUUCUGGCAGCCAAAGCCUUUUGCCCAAUCUUCUGAAGAGCCAAAGCCAUUCGCUCAACCUACCGUUGAUUCAAAAUCCUUCGCUCAAUCGUUUACAGGGUCAAUGCCCUUCGCCAAAGCUUUCUGGCAGCCAAAGCCUUUUGCCCAAUCUUCUGAAGAGCAAAAGCCAUUCGCUCAAGCUCCUGAGGAGUCGAAACCCUUUGCUCAAUCUGUCGGAGAGUCAAAGUCAUUCGCCCAAAGUUCUAAAGAGCCAAAGCCUUUUGACCAAUCUUCUGAAGAGCCAAAGCCAUUUGCGCAAGCUUCUGGAGAGUCGAUACCCUUCGCUCAAGCUUUCAGAGAGUCAAAGCCCUUCGCCCAAGGUUCCGAAGAGCCAAAGCCAUUCGCUCAAGCUUCCGGAGAGUCGAAACCCUUUGGUCAAUCUUUAAGAGAGUCAAAACCCUUCGCCCAAGCUUUUUGGCAGCCUAAGCCCUUCGCUCAAACUUCUGAUGAGUCGAAACCCUUUGGUCAAUCUUUUGGAGAGUCAAAGCCCUUCGCCCAAGCGUUUUGGCAGCCAAAGCCCUUCUCUCAAGCUUCCCUGGAGUUCAAACCAUUCCCUCAAGCUUCUGGAGAGUCAAAGCCCUUUGCGCAAGGUUCCGAAGAGCCAAAUCCAUCCGCUCAAGCUUCCGGAGAGUCGAAACCCUUUGCUCAAUUUUCCGGAGAGUCAAAGCCCUUAGCCCAAUCUUCCGAAGAGCCAAAGUCAUUCGCUCGACCUUCGGAAGAGCCAAAACCAAACACUCAAGCUUUUAAAGAACCAAACCCCUUUGCUCAAGUUUCUGAAGAGCCAUCGCCCUCCAGCCCAUCAUCUGAAGAAACUAAACCUUACGCUCCUAAAGCUUAUUUCCCCAAGUACGAAGAGCCUGAGCCAUCGUAUCCCAAAUAUGCUUUUGAGUACUCCGUCUACGACCCCCACACCUACGACAUCAAGACCCAGAAGGAGGAGCGUGAUGGAGACGUCGUCAAGGGAGUUUACGAGCUAGUUGAACCUGAUGGCUCCAAGAGGAUCGUCACAUACUCCGACGAAGGUCACGGUUUCCAGGCUGUAGUGUCUAAGGAGUCCGCCAAGGGCUACGUCCCUGCUCCAGCGUUCGCCUCUAAGCCAGUUGAAGCUCCAGCGCCCGCUCCAGUGUACCUCAAGUUAUCGCACUCUUCUCUUGCGCCAUACAAGAAGUACUGAAUACACCAAUUGAUCUCCUAUAUCCAUUUUAACCAUCAUGUAUAUAUGACAUCUCAUUAGUUUUUAUUUUUUUACUAUCCAAAUAUAAAUGAAAUCUAAAA